AUGGUGGUGCAGCCCAGUCUGCCUUUCACCUCUCCUCCUCCUGCCACACAGUGUACCAGAUUUAAUUUUCGGACUUUCCGCUGGAUGCAAACCAUGAUCUUUGCAAUCGAACAGAUAAACAGAGAUGGUAAACUUCUUCCAAACCUCACACUGGGUUACAAGAUCUAUGAUUCAUGUAGUACGCCACAUCAGGCUUUAAAAGCUGCCAUGGAGUUGAUGGGAAGCGAAAAGGGGUCAGUUAUUGAAGAAAAGAGCAUGAGUAAUGGCUCCUGUCGUGGGAAAGUACCAGUGGUGAUUGGAGAUGGAGGAUCCACUCAGUCUCUUGUUGUGGCUCGUUUCCUGGGAGUCUUUAAUGUGCCACAGGUCAGCUAUUUCUCCAGCUGUGCCUGUCUGAGUGACAAAAGAGAGUUUCCUGCCUUUUUGAGGACCAUGCCGAGUGACUUCUUCCAGGUAGAUGCACUAGUACAACUUGUCAAGCAUUUUGGCUGGACUUGGGUGGGUGUGAUUGCUGGGGAUGAUGCCUAUGGUCGUGGUGGAGCAAGCAUCUUUGCAGAUGAAGUCAGAAAGUUGGGUGCUUGUAUUGCCUUUCACGAGAUCAUUCCAAAGAAUCGAACACAGGCUGAUAUCUCAUCUAUCGUUUCCAACAUCCACUCGUCAGGAGCUCAGGUUGCUCUGGUGUUUGCUGUGGAACAAGAUGCAGCUGCAUUAUUUGAUGAGACGAUCAGAGGAGAGCUCACUGGCAUACAGUGGCUGGCCAGUGAAGCUUGGAGUACAGCAACCGUUAUUUCUACCCCAGAAAAGUACCAUCGUAUUCUCCAGGGCACCAUGGGAUUUGCCAUUCGAGGAGCCCGUAUACCUGGAUUGCUAGACUUUCUGCUUCGCCUGAACCCCUCAAGCCCAGAUGCACACGAGGAUCCUUUCUUGGUACCGUUUUGGGAGGAAAUGUUCCAAUGCAGCUUGGGUAUGAAGGCUAAUGGCCAGAAGCAAAAAGCUGACAAUAAGCCUUUAUGCUCUGGAACAGAGGAGCUUGGAAAGAUAAGGAAUAUAUAUUCAGAUGUGUCACAGCUAAGGAUUUCCUACAAUGUCUACAAAGCUGUAUAUGCCAUUGCCCAUGCAGUUAAGACCAUGAGAAGCUGUAAAAAUGGGAAAGAACCACUUCCACAGCAGGAUUGUCCAGAUACAGACAAUAUACAGCCAUGGCAGCUACUCCAAUACAUAAGGGAGGUGCGAUACUUGAACUCAUUUGCUGAUGAAGUCAAGUUUGAUGAGAACGGUGACCCUGCAGCCAUGUAUGACCUGGUUAACUGGCAGCUGAAACCAAAUGGAGAAAUGGAGUUUGUCACAGUGGGAAAAUUUGAUGAGAUGACCACAUCUUUUAGGCAAAAGCUUCAGAUCCAAGAACAGAAGAUUGUAUGGAAUGGCAACCAAACCAAAGUUCCAUUGUCAGUAUGCAGCACCAUUUGUCCCCCAGGCACCCGGAAGGCAAUCAGACCUAACUUCCCUAUCUGCUGCCAUGAUUGUGUGGCUUGUACAGCGGGGGAGAUUAGCAAUCAGAGUGAUGCCAUAGAUUGUGUGCGAUGCCUGCCAGAGUUCUGGUCCAAUGCUGAGCGGACGGCCUGCAUCCCCAAACAGUGGCUCUUUCUUUCUGUCACCCAUUAUGUAAUGAGAAAGGGAGUCACAGAGGUGAUGGGCACCCUGGAAGCUGCAGCAGAAACUAAUGAUCUCAACCAUAAUAAUACCAUUCACCAGAGACCAUGGGUUCCCUCCAUUAUGCAGACCAUCAAAUAA